AUUUGUGGCUAAAGAUCGGCUUUUUGGUUGAGCGUGUGGCUCUGUGUAUUGCUAUCGUGCUGUCGUUACUAAAGUUGGUAUAACUAGAGAAGCAAGCGGUAUAGAAGCCUUCAGCACAAGAUCUCCGUUGUAACUUUAGUUACCUCAAUUAAUGUUGCCUCAAUAUACCAUUUUGACGUUUGCGGCCACGUAUGUAUUGAAACUAUAAAAUCUUCUUUGCCACUUUACCCCCCAUUCACUGACAUGUUCCCAUCAUAGACUGUAUCUACUGUAUGUACUUAUAUAUACAGUCUGUGGUUCCCAUCUGUCAGGGCAGCAAUCUUCCACUGGGUUUCCCCCUCGACCAAUCACUGCUCCUCUAUACUCUGACGUCAAGACCCGGAAACACAGAACUGCCUGCUCGCUUUGUUUUGUUUUGGUAGUGGGAGUUGAAUAAAAGAGGUAGAGGCAGGCGGAGAGAGAUCCGUGCGGGCGAGGAUCCGCUCACUAAAUGGGGAGAACAACGUCGGGGAUGGAAGAUGACGAACCGAUAGCCGACGCCUGUCAAAUGCCGAGUUUUAUCGGCGGCUUCGAGGAGGGGAGGGCGAAAUUGUCCCACAACCUGCCGACGGAAACUUCUUUCACCGACGGCAAAGUUGAGCAGCCGGUCCGAGAUUUGAGCCGUGGUGUCAGCAGGUCAAACUCCCGUGUGGUGCUGGACGGAGUCGAGGGGCGAGCAGGAGAGAAGAGUAGCGAGGAGGAGAAGGAUGCGAAGGGCAACAACAACAACAAUUGCAACGGAGGAGGAGGUGGAGGAGGAGAGAGGAGGAGGGCGAGCGCUGUCGAGAUUUUGAGGAGGAAUUUCGGGGUCUCUAAAUCUCCCUCUCUUCGUCUGAACAGAAAUACUCGGAUGCAUCGCGGGACUAAACAUGAGAGCACAGGAGGAACUUUCGACACCGACUCUGGAAGCUUUAACGACUGUAAAAGGUCGGAGUGUGAAACGGGCGACGCCGGGACGGAAAACGAACCAACCCCGAGUGACUUGCCGACUUUGGACGUACAAGGAGUUGAAUUGGUGUCUAUUACAGGUCAGUGCCGUCAUGAUGGGGACAGUGACAACAAAACAGCCACGGUUGCUGAUUUUCUUAGCGAUGGAGAACAUAUCUACUGCACUGUUUAUUGUAUCGCCAACGACAAACACCGGAGAGACGUUGAAAUCACAGACGAUGACACGUUCACGUCGGAUUCACUCGAGACAGGCUCGGAAACGGGUGAAAAUCCCGAACCGAUAUUGUUCACCUUGGAUGACUUGGUGGACCCUUUUGCGGAUAUUGUCCACCACCGACUGUCUACUACGGUACAGGCCGAUGCAGAGGCUGCAGUGCAGAGUUGCCGGGUGUGCCUGGAAGGUAAAACCAUCGUACCCUUACUCUGCUGCGGGAAGGCCGUGUGUGAUGAGUGUCUGAAGCUCUACGUCAGCUCCCAGGUUGGUUUGAGGAGGGAGGGUGGACUCUGGGAAGGUUGACAAAUGUGGUACAGUGUCACAGCAGGGCUGAGGUUGUGCCUGUGUCCAAUAAUGAGUCCCAAUUGCUGAGUCAGUCAGCAGCUGGCCGCAGAGUCCUCUGAAGUAGUCAAACACACACCCAAACACAGUAGGGGAGAGUGGGGUAAGUUGAGCCACCCACUGUUAAUUGGAAAUGGUCAAAGAAAUUGAUCAUGUGACCAAAUAUUUAGGAGAUGGGCAUCAAUUCAUGGAGUCUGCAAGGUUUAAGGUCCCUACACACCCGACGAACGCAAAAUUACGAAAUAUUCGAAGGAGAAUUUUGACGUGCCUGACUAUACACAUCGAGCCUGAUGCGAUUUUACGACUUUCCGGGGGAAAAAGACGCAUCCUGGGGAAGACUUUUCCAGAGGAAAGUCUGGCCUCCUUCGCCUCUGAUUGGCUAGAAAAGCUGGAAACAUCAUCACAUGCUCAAGCCAAACGGUCAGCACUUAUAGCCAAUCAGACGUGGCAGUCUGAGCAGUGACAUCACAAAAGUGCGCCAUGUAGUGUCUGAAACCUCCGGUGAUUGAGUUCACUACAUAGUCAACUAUAUAGUGAAUCCCUAUAUGGGGGUUAGGGGUUAGGAGUUGAGUGAUAUAUUUUGGACACAGCCAAAGUCAUAAUAGUAGUUCUGGGGUAAGAUAAGCCCAUAGACUGUAAAUAGAAUGGACGCCGUCUGCCUCUUAGCUGGGUGAAGCCACUCUAAGAACAGCACCCUCUGGUGACGGGCUGUAGUAUAGGUCAUAAAUCCCACCUCCUCCACUAAUCCCUAUGGAGCUGUGGACAAACUUUAGAAAUUUAUUACACAGAACAUAAAUUUUUCUCCUCCCUGUUUGCGAUGUUGACAUGUAGUUACUGUAAGACUGGUUUGUGCUCAAGUCCUCUUUUUUCUGCACAGCUCUAUUUUUAAAAAUUAUUAGAGGGUUCAUGUUUUCUAUGAUUGACACUUGAUACAGCCUAUGGGCGUACGAAGAUUCAGUUCAGAUUCUUGAAGCUGUGAAUGUUCUGAAUCACUUAAAGACAUUCUCAUGUUAAAAUGUUUUUUUACAAAACAGCUUUUUUAGCAGUUAUAUGUAAUAAUGAUAAAAAUAAUUAUUGUACCAGUUGAAUAGCGUAUAAUAGAUAAAAAUAUGCAUGAAUGUGAAGAAGUGACUGUUAUUUAGGGAGAGAGAAGGUGAGGGAGGGCUGGGGUUGAGAGUGGGGAAUAGUAGGGAUACGGCUCAACUUACCCCGCUCCUAUGGUCAACUUACCCCAUACAGAGGGUAAGUUGACCAUAGACCAUGUUAUAUUUACACUCCUUCUGUUGGUUUGCAGGGAUAUUUCAACAUCUUCAAUAUACACUAGUCAGAGACAAAACUAUGAUUGCCUUGAUGUAGUGAUCCUGAAUAUGAAAAAUGGCUCAUCUUACCCCUCUCUCCCCUAUGUCUUUACUUUCCCAUACUUUCAUCUGUGCUGUUCAGCCUCUUAUCUUUCCAAAGGGAGAUACAUGACUAGAAAUUCUGGGAACCUUUCCUCUCAACAGGAUGUGGCAGAGUCCAAUUUGACACAGUGUUAAGAUUCAGUGAUAUAAAACUGAAUUUUCCAUCACAGAGAAAAGAAAAUGAUUUCUUUAUUACGCAAAUGUCACACGCCAACCUCUCUGCACUGACUUAACCCGGUGGGGUUGGUUUGUGUGGGCUGUCUUUGUUAGUUUUCUGUUUGUUUGUUUGUUUUCAGAUUAACUUUUCUUAGGAUGAGCUAUUUAAAGAAAGAAUUUGCCUCUGAUACACUAGAUUUACUCUGCUCUGCAUUAACGGUCCAGACCAGUAAGUUAAAAAAUGAAUGGAUAAUCAUGAAUGACUUGAUUUUUCUCUCAUAUUAAUAGCUGUUAUUACUUUUAAAAUAGAAAAUACUUGUACUGGAUUAUUUUCAGUUUUUCAACAGCGAAUGAUGUGAAACAAUGUCAGUAUUUGGUUUUAAAAAGAAGCUGUGUAUAAUUCCAUUAUUCCAUGCACUGUGUAGCAUGCACACUGCAAUCAUAUACACAUGGUUACCCUUGCCAGUAGCAUUUUUUAACAGACUUUGAUUAAUUCAUGAAAAGAGACAAAUUAGUUCUGAUAAAGAUUUGAGAACAUAAUCAAUAUUCAUGCCAGAAGGAACUUUAAAUUGUGUCAUCUUUAGUCUUGUCAAAGUUGAAAAAUAAAGGGUUAAAAAUUAACUAAAUACAACAUUUUUAAAGGGGUGAAAUAAUGAAAAAAGUUUGAGGCUUGUAUCAGGUAGUCAUAGCUACAUGCUCUGUCUCUAAACCUUUUAGAGCACUGAAUCCCCUUAUGAAAAAAGAAAUGUGCUUUACAGCUUCGAGGCUUUUCCGACAAAAAACACAUUUUAUGUUGGCAAGUGUUUAAACCUCAGAUGGACCAGUAGAUGAAAAUCACUCAGUUCUCAGAAAAUGAACCAGGGAUUUAGCCUCCUAGCCCACUGAAGUCUUUGUAUACUAGAGAGGAUGGCUUAAACUUUUCAAAAGUAGCUGCUGGCCUAGAGCAGCUCAAACUAAGGUACUCUCUGCUUUAGUGCCAGGAAGUAUGGCUUCAGUAGGUGUACUGUGUGUCGAGAGAGAGAGAGAGAGUCAUUACUUAAACCAGACAAGUAGGUCACAAGUUUGAUUGAACACAUGAGUCAGGAGUCACCCAGAAACUUCUCUCACUUUAGACUGCCCACAUGAUUACUGAGAAAUCAAACAAAGACAAAACUCAUAAUGGGGACGUGACUGUUAAACUGAGUGCUUACAAGUUUAAGUCCACAAAGUGAAUAAAUGAAUUAGAUGCACCACAUAUUUACUUCUAAUAAUUCAAUGUAGCCUGUACAGAAAUAGAGGCUCAGAAAUAAAAGGCACAUCACCAAUGCUCCUUGACACAACCAAAAUGUUUCAGUGUUGUUGUAAACUGACUGGUACUGGUCAGCAGCUUUCCUAUCAUAAUCCAAGCUGUGAUAAAGCUGUUUACUGCCACUGUUAGGUAUGUUAGGGGAGAUUUAGGAAGGAGUUACAAACCUGAGCCCUUGCUGCUAUAGAUGUAAUCAGAUUAAACCUGUUUAGAUAACACAGUUUAAAUUAGAUUGGAGAGACAUGAGACUCCACACAAUCAAAUUUCCCUUUGGGGAUCAAUAAAGUUAAUGUAUGUUUAUAUGUACUGUAUGUGUUAUGAUCCCAGGGACAAGCAGACUAUCUAAUAGGAACACUGAGGAGAAGAAUAGGGCUGUAAACUAUCCUGUUGGGGUAAAAAAAUAAAAUAUCAAUUGAUGAGCUGCAAACUUAUUUCGGAACAUGUUCUUGAAUGUUAGACCUGAAUGGAUAGAUAAGCAAAAUAGAUGGCACUAGUUGGGUGGAUGUAAGUCAUUUACUCUGUAACUUUAAAGGUCCUUACACACUGGAGCCGACGCAAAAAUAGAAGACGCACCUGACUAUACACAUCAAGCUGGACGUGAUUUUGCAGCUUUCCGGGGGGUAAAAGACGCUCUUGGGGGAAGACUUUUCCCGGGGAAAGUCCCGCCUCCUUCGCCUCUGAUUGGCUAGAAAAGCUGGAAACAUCAUCACACGCUCAAGCCAAAUGGUCAGCACUUAUAGCCAAUCAGAGGCGAUAAGAUAAGCACAUGAAACUAUGGUAACAACCGUUUGCAUACUUUAGCACUGAUAAAAGUUAAAACAAAGACGUUUAACAAACUGUUAAAGCACACAAACUAUCAUCAUAUGAGAGAUCCAACGCUAUGACUCUCCACAAGUUGUCCUUCAGGUCGUUAUCUUUGUAAUGUUUGUGUCUUUUAUCAUAAAGCUCUCUGUUCUCUGUCACGUAAACAAUCAGCCAGUCGGCCAUGUUGGAUAUACCGGUGAAUCAGACGUCGCAACAACACGCAAUCUGAUUGGUCAGAAGUGGACACACAGUAUGCGAAACUUUAGAAAAAUCGACCGUGAUCGGAAAAAUUAAUGCCGCAAUAUCGCAGGACGGGAAAACGUCGCUGAUGUGAACGCUUGUAUUGACAGGAUACAGGUUCGAAAAAAAUAUUGACGUCCGAAUUAAUCGCAUGACAAAAACGGUCCCGAUGCUAAAGGACCUUUAUUCUCUUGAAUUCAAUGCAAUAUAGCUCUGUUUAUUUUACAAAUGAUAAAAAAAUGAACCUGUACAGUGGCAACCUUUGGAAUAUGAGUGAUAAAAACACUGGUUAUUACUUCAAAGUGGAUACUUUUAAACAUUACUUAAUCAAGUUAAGUGAUUUUAUUUUUUAGUAUUAUUAAAUUGUUUUACUUUUUCACGGCAAAAAAUCCCAACAAAUACAGUGUGAUAUUGACAUUAUAUGUCCCCUGACAGCAAACCUGCUCUCUCAUAAACAGUAUGAUUUAUUUUUAGCUUCUUGAUUUAGCUUGUCUUUUUAUUCACUACCUACCUUUCAAUUUCAGUUCUGUUUUCCUGUUUUAGCAUUGCUGCCUCACUGAUUAUACUGUCAAAAUCUUUUCCAUAUUAGGCUGAUAAUUGAAAUCCUCCUCUUUUCUUUUCCAUUUUACAAAUGUCAGUAUUUAUUCCCCAAUCAAAUUGUAAUUUGUAUUUCAGGAUAAAUUUCAAAACACCCAAAGUUUACCAUCACUGCAGACUUGCAAUAAGAGCAUAUUUAAAUUUGUAAAAAAAUCACAAUCUCUGCCAGCCUAAUUGUUUUACAGUGGUAAUAAUUGUUAUAGCUUUAUUUUGUUUUGUGUUUUCAUCUUUAUGACUGAAAAUGUAGUAAAACUCACUCACAUUUUUAUAUACCUCAAACAGUGACAUAUGUGUGUGUGUGUGUUAGACAAACAGAGCAGCAGCAGCAGUCCUAACCUGUCAAACCAGUCUGGCAGUGGUCAUCACAGUGUCAGUGAUGUGGCAACAAAGCUCGCACAUUAGUUCACCAAAGAGGCGGACACUUGUCAUGAAGCACGCGCAGUAAGGGGAUGUUGGGUGUAACACCACCAGAGGCUGAUGCUUUGUUCUUUGCUUUUUGUUUGCUGUUGUCUCAGCACACACACACACACACACACACACACACACACACACACACACACACACACACGCGCGCACUCUCGCUCUCUCUCUCUCUCUCUCUCUCUCUGACACACACACACACACACACUGACAUAAUGCCUUAUCAUGUGUCCGUACAACUGGUCCCACUGGCUUGGAUGGACUGAAAGUGUUUGGGAAAGAGAAUGACAGAAGGGUUUUUGAAAUAAGCAAGAAUGGGGAACCAAUCGCUAACAGAUGCCCGUGAGGAGAAAAAAGACAAAAAGUGAAAGGUGGAUAGUGACAAAAAACACCAGAGAACAAGGGGUGAACUUCACAGUUUCUCUGUAAGCCUCUCUAAGAUGAUUUUUGUCAGAUUAAAUGACACAGACACACACUUGAGUAGCUUUGACUUUCAAUGACCCCAGGUGCGACCUCAAUGGGGGUUUGUGUUAUUAUGUAACAAGGUGUGGUAAGAUUAUAAAAUAGUGAGACAUGAGAGCAUUGCUUCUUCUGUGGAACAUAAUACAGAGUCAGGCCCUUAAGGAAGUGAAUCGUAUAAAGUCCAAUUAAUGUGUCUCAAAUAUUGAAUUUCACUUCUUCCUUCAGUCUUUUUAUUUAUCAACCUUAUGUGUGGCAUAUUGCUCCUCUGUAAUUAUGUGUGUGAUUUUUUUGGAAUAGGCAGUGAGAUUAGAUGUAUGAAGUCUUUGCUGGUAUUAUUCUUUUAUUUAUUUAUCUUUUUUAAAGCUUUCUCCUUAAAAAUAAUUUUAGGCCACAUAAUUUCCGAUCCUCCCCAUUAUUCCCAAGGGAUACAGAACAUGUAAAAAAAAAAAAAAAAAAAAAAAAUAUAUAUAUAUAUAUAUAUAUACAUAUAUGUGUGUGUGUGUGUAUAUGUAUACAUGUUUUGGGUACAUAAUCAGACAAGUACAUUUAAGAGGAAUAAAAUAAGAAAAACAAGUAAAUAAAUAAUUCAAAAGAAAAAGGCAGCAACAAUAAUAUCAAUAAACUCUUUUUCAUCUGACAUUUGAUCCACAAAGAAGUUAAAAGUUGGCUAGUAUUAUUCUAAUCUCUAAGAAAGAUAAGCAACAGUUUACAGGGCAUGUUACUUACUGCCAACAUUUCCCUUCAAGCUUGACUAUGAAACCAAAUCAGUUUGUUCAACAGGUGGUGUCUUUCUUUGAUACGCCUAUCCUUUGGAUCAGCAGAGAAGUACAGUAGUUUGCUAGCAUUAAAUAGCUCUGUGUGUGUGCAUGGCUCAUUUUUUGUGGAGGACUGGUGUAGGGCUGGGCGAUAAACCAAAAAUUUACAGAUACCGAAAUUUACGAUAAUAGCCAACGUCAAUUUGCCUAUGUCAAUAUAUUAGGUGUCAAAAUAAUAAAGAAAGAAAAUUUGGUUUUGGAUGUGUGUAGGUAGGCUGUUAGGUAGACAGUUCAAAAUUUGUAGCGGCUAGAGCGGCGACUGAAGUAGGCGAAGUUAAUGUGGGAGGGGGUGAGCAGCUUGUGGAGUAGUUAUCGUCCAUUUAUUGUUAUCAAGGUGAACUGCUCAAUAUUUUGUGAUAUUGAUUUGAGGCCAUAUCGCCCAGCCCUAGAGAAGAAAUAUUAGAAGAUGCCUUUGUUCAACCAAAACACUGGUGUAUUCCUAUUAUACGGUCUUAUAUUUACACUUCAGCUGUGUUAUUUUGUAUUAUUACUCUUUUUUAGUUAAUCUUUGACCUGCUUUAAUUUAGUAAAAUCUGCUCUCCCUUAAGUAAUGCUCCGGCUGAUCUUGGUUGUUUCCCAGGUGCGAAUUGCCAAAUCCUAUAUCAGCUGCCCAAUCCCAGAGUGUAGCGGCUACCUAGACGAGGGAGUGGUGGUUUCACAUUUGGCUGCAGAGGACCUUGCAAAGUAUCGUUACUUUUUGGAGCUGAGUCAGCUGGACUCGAGCAUCAAACCUUGCCCCCAGUGCAGCCAUUUCACCUCUCUGAAGGAGCACAACCACAACCGCGCUGAGCACAAAUACAAGGUGAGAUGACAUAGUCUCAAACUGUCUCAAAACAGUUGGUUCCAAGCUAAUUAAAUGGGAAAAAUCAAAUUCCUUCAAGAAGUUGACUUAAGUUUGUGUGUUAUAAUACCCUUUGUCUCCCAUGUAGAUCCAGUGUAGCAAUUGCCAGUUUGUGUGGUGCUUUAAAUGCCAUGCGCCUUGGCAUAAUGGGCUCAAAUGCCGCGAGUACAGGAAAGGAGACAAACUGCUACGCACCUGGGCCAGCGUAAUUGAGCACGGACAGAGAAACGCCCAGAAAUGCCCACAGUGCAAGGUAAGAACUGGAAACCGCAGAGGAUACAAGCUGUUAUGGUGCAGUGGGUGUGUGUGUGUAAGUGGAAAGUUUGCUGACUGAUGGAGGAAGGAAGCACUGUAGAUCGAUGAUGGUUAAGAAGCAUGAGAAUGAGGACAUGUGAUGGAUGUAGAGCCGUAGAGAAGCUGAUGGACGCGCAGCAUUAGAGCGCAUGUUGAACAGCAGAGCAGAGGUGCACAGACAGCGAGCAAAUUGAAAAAUUAAUGAUGCCUCUGCUGCGCAAAACUAAAUCUAGUCCAGUUCUCCUUGCAGCAUUAAAAGACUUAUCUCUUAGUCGAGCUGGUAUACUCAAUAUCUAUUUUGCCUCUGAGAAGAUGACGCAAGCUUACAACAAUGAAGCUAAUUACUGGUACAAGGGAACUGUUUGCUGACAGUGGCAGACUUUUUCCAUCUGCAUUCGCCACCUUGAUGCUGCAUGUCUCUGAGUUAGAGGUCUGGCAGCAGGCAGCAAAGAUCCCGUCUGACUGCGGAGCCAACAAAUUGGUGUCAUGCCGUGUUUAGCAGGAAAAGAGGCAGAGAGCAGCUGGACCGAACACCUAGUUUUGAGUUAGACAUUUCACUACUACAGCAGCCAAAAAGCAAAGACCCGUAAAAAUGUCAGCUGCAUAUACAGUCCAGUGAUUUUAAGUAGAGACUAAGCCAGAUAUUCAUCAUUUUCAUGCUGCGGGAAGACUUGGUCAGAGUUGCAUCAGUGAGUUAGGGUUCUGAUUAUGCAGUUGAAUGUGUUCCCAUGUUAUAUGCGUGAAAGACUAGGUUGAUAUCAGUAAGGCAUGGUGUACAUAAACUAAUAAUCUUCUUCAUUUGCUUUUUUUUUUCUAUCUGUCUUCAGAUUCACAUUCAGCGAACAGAGGGAUGUGACCAUAUGACGUGUACACAGUGUAGCACUAACUUCUGUUACCGCUGUGGGGAGCGCUACAGACACCUAAGGUUAAAAUCCUUGAUUGUUUUCAAUGCUUUGUUUUCAACCAUCUUGCCUUUACUUUAUAGGAGAGCUCAAUAAAUGUCUUGACAUACAUGAAAGAGACGUUUUCGGACAGGAACCUAUGAUCACUGAUAGGAAGUAUAACCUAUAGUAGGGGUGUCCCGAUACAACUUUUUUACUUACGAUACGAUACUGAUAUUAUAGCCUUUAGUAUCGGCCGAUACCGAUAUUGGUCCGAUAUUGGCACAAACUUGUGCAUGACAAGUUUUGCACUCAGCAGCAAUGUCUUUUUCAGACUGUAACGGAAAGUACUGCCACACAGCCGACAUUAUUCAUACUCCUUGCUACUUUUGCUGCGUUUGAGUAACCUCAGAAGUCAGAAGUCCAAGCUGAAAAUGAAGUCACACGUCAUGAUGUCAGUUGGAGGCGGAAACAAGAUGGCUACAUCUACGCAAGUUAUUUUAGCGCCUACCUUGUCCGAAUAUAAGGCAAGUGCUAAAAUAACUUUCGUAGAUGUAGCCAUCUUGUUUCAGGUCUCCGAUUUUGCUUUUUUCCGACUUGGUAACUGAAACGCUGGGAACCCGGGUGUGAAGUCAUUUUCAACUCUGACAUCUGACUUCCGAGGUAACUGGAACGCAGCAUUUGUUUGUACCUUAGUACACACGGUUGUUGUGAUCACGUGGGCUCAACAUGCUGGAUCCGGGCACUGCUAGCUAGAGGUGCCGGAGCGGAGUCUGGAAUGGACUACUUGUAUGGGAGUGCUGAUAUCAGAGAUUUUAGAUGCAGGCCAAUAUAAUCCGAUAUCCGUUUUUUGGCUGAUCUCGGAUCAAUAUCGUAUCGGGACAGCCCUAACCUUUUGAGGCAUGCACUUUUACUACUGAGCUACUCCAGCAUCUCUUUUGGUGACUGUUUAUUUAUUCAGACUAACCUUUCAUGUCUUUUCACAUUGAAAUUCCUCUUUUCAGAUUUUUUGGGGACCAUUCAUCCAACCUCAGCGUAUUUGGGUGCAAAUUCCGCUAUCUACCUGAUAAACCUCAUCUGAGACGACUCAUUCGGGGGUCUGUGUGUGGUAAGAUUAUGUGUUUGUUUGUCUGAGGGCAAAGAGUAACCGGAAUCUGCUUUGUUGUUGACAAGUGAUAGCAUUUUUGUAAAAUAAGCAAUUUAAGUCAUGCCUUUGGAGUGUUGGUUGGUUGAUCAAGCCAGCAUAGUCCAGCAUAAUCUUUUUUAAAUUUUACUUCUUUGGACAAUUUUUAGAAAUGUUAAAUUUAGAUUUUUAUUUCAUAUUAUUUAGUUUGAGAAAGUUACAGGGGUGUCUUACAGAAUAGACAUCAUGUAAUGGGUAAAUGUAGUAAUUUGUAUAUCAGCUAAUAUUUGAGCUUCUCAUACAUGAACUGGUGGAAGAAUCUAGUUGAUCUUUGAAUGUAAAUUCAAGAUUUUCUGUGGAAUACAGGCAAAAAAAAAAAGUAUACUUUGAGGAGCUCAAACUACCUCGGCAAAGCUACCAGAAGAGCACAAUAGCUGACAUUUGAUGGGAGAACAAUUAGAUGGCAGAGCUUUGAUUUAAAGUCUCUACUCACAGAAAAACACUGAUUGAAAAUUAAACUAUGUCUUGUAACAAGUAUUGCUUAUGUUAAAAAUAACCCACAGGCUCCAGUUUCAUUAUACAAAUCAGGUUUCUUUUAAAUUAAAGUUACUACAUUAAGUUGUUUUCAAGUGCAGCUAAGUCUGACUGUUCAUUUAAUAGCAAACACCCCAUACAGCCAGCAAUACAUGAUCCUUAUUGUUCCAGAAAUGUUCACCUGCUAGGUCCUAUAUAGAAAAAAACAUAUUUGUUUCUAAUCUUCUGUUGGCCAGCUUGAUUCAGAGCUAUUUCUGGUGCCCUUAUCCACAGAACUGUUCGCCUUUGUUACGUCUUGUAGUCUAAGGAUAUGGAAGCAGUCAGUGGGCUGAAGUUGUGUAGCCUCUGUGUAGGCAUUUGAGGUAGUAACAUGGAGAAAACAGAAGUGCAGCCACGACAGAGCUGCCCCCUUCGAAGCUCCGGCUGCUCUGACUGUAACACCGUUAAAAUCACUCUCUAGGAUAGCACUAUGACGGCGUUCAUUGGUCCUGUGUGACAGUGGAAGGGUGGUGUGAUUGCAAAGCCUGAUUAAAGUGCAGAAUUAUAGAACAUAAAGGGUCUGCGCAUGGACAGCCUUUAAGAGUUGUGAGCACGGCUGCAGUUUUUCCCCUAUUGGUCAGAAAUCCUACUUUGUUAUUGCUAAAGCUGCUUACACUAUGGAACUAAAGCUGAUGCACCUUUUACUCAGAGUUUCUUUUUAUAAAUAUUUUGGGUUUAAUUUGGAAAUUAAUUAUUGUUGGUAGUGAACAGUUAUCUUUUCUGGUGUACUGACAUUCCUUCAGCGGGUUGUAUUUUUGUGUAACCUGCUUUAGUAAGUGCUUUUCUGCAUUGUUGACCCAAUAAUUGAGUGUAACAAUGCUGCACUCUCUGUGAUUGUAGAUUACAAAGAGUGAUAGACAAACAUUUAAAAAAAAUAUAUCUUGUCAAGCAGUGGAUAAAAGGGUUAAAGCAGAUUUGGCUCUGAUUUAUUGUUUUAAUGUCCCACUGAAGCUUCUAUUAAAAGCAAGCCACUGUUUUUAAACUGAGAGACAUUGGAAUCAAAACUUCUGUGUGUAUUUUUAUGAUGGCAUCACACAUCAGAUUAUGUUUGUUAUCACUAGCCAUGUUUACACAGGCAAAAAUUGGAAUAAAUGUCCCAAUCGGGAAUAAAAAUGCGUCAUGUAAACAUGUCAAUCGAAAGAUUCUGAUCCAGUUUGGUUCAAUCGGAAAGAAAUUGCUAUCCGAUUGAGAGGGGUGGUUUAUGCCGAUCGUGACUCUCUUACCUGACUUGAUCUUCACUUUUUAGACUUUGGCUUAUUUAUUGAGGUCAGUACAGGAGGUUUUAUUAUUAACACUACGUCAUAAAACACAACCACAGGAACCACGGUAACAUGACAAGGCGUACAUACAGCGUAAUGAUGUCACAUCUGCACGCACAGAGCAACCUUUGACAGAACAGUAAAAAUAAGUACGCAAGGGUGCCAUCUAGUGACAAUAUGUAACAGGGGGGCCACUACCACAUUUGUUGGUUUGUUGACAGCACAGGCGUAAAUACAACUCUUCUUCUGUCCAAAUACUUCUAAUCUGAAUAAAGCUUGGUGCAUGUAUACGCACGUCGUGAUCGGAUUAUUUGAUUUUGCACCCAUAUAAACAGUGGAUUCAGAUUAUCCAAUCCCUAAAACUUUUAAUCGACUCAAGAAAUUUUGCCCAUGUGAACAUGGCUACUGUCUUUUCACAGGAUCCUCUAGAUCAGUGGUUCUCAAGUCCAGUCCUGAGGUCCACUGUCCUGCAUGUUUUGGAUGUCUCCCUGCUCAAACACACCUGAUUCAAAUGAUGAGCUCGUUAUGAAGCCAAUACAGAGCUUGAUAACGAGCUGAUCAUUUGAAUCAGGUGUGUUGGAGCAGGGAAACAUCCAAAACAUGCAGGACAGUGGCCUCGAAUUGAGAAACACUGCUCUAGAGGAUCCACUUUUUUGUAUGGAUGUAGUUGACUCUGCUCUCAAUAACAGCUAAUGCCAGUUUUGUCAGUCUUCAUGCUGCAGACUGUUAAAAGUGCAGAUUUUUGAACGUCAUGAGGGAUGCCUUUCCAGAGAUAAUCCACAGCCCUAAUACUGCACACUGCACACAAACAUCAGAAAACUACAGCAGGGAUGCAUUCAAAUUAAAAUUCUAACAAAAGUCACAUUAUAUUCACUUUCACUCAUGCAAAUUCUUUUUUUUUCUGUGGUGUUGUUUCAUUAAGAAAAUUCUCCUUUUUUUUCUUUUACCUUAUGCAGCGACUAAGGUGCUGAUCGCUCCAGUGGUCCUCCUGCUGGUCGUGGUGCUCGGAGCCCUCGCGCUGGUCAUAGGUAACAGGAUUACACACAUAGAUAUAGAUGUGCACUGGUCAGGGGGGGUGACAGCUCUCUGGAUUGGGUUAUUCUGAACAGCGCUGUCUGUUCAAUAAGGUUUACAACGAUUCAAUAAAAAUGUUUCAUGUUUGUAUGCAUGGCUGAAAUGUGCUCAGAGUGCUUUUUUGAAAACACAGUGUCUUUGUGAAAUGCCAAAGCUUGAAAGCCAGAUAAUUUCUCUCUUCAUGAAACGGAGACUACAUUUACAGAUAAUAUCAUCCAGCUGUACUCGGUGAAACCGUUUUAUGAGGCCUGAGCUGAACUGUAAUUAGUGUUAAUCUCUUUCUCAUGUCUGUAUGACUGACAGAUGACCUGCUGCGGGCUAACAUGCCGUGAUAGAGGGAUUCGUAUUUAUUUUCAUCACUCGUGUGUCUGUGCUGUGCUGCUGUCUCCCUGCCGUUCUCUUUUUCUGUAACUCAUUUAUAGACUAAAUCUGUUUGUUAGUUUCAAGAAUCAAUAUAUUGUUAAUUGUUGCUGAAUAAAUAUUGAUUAAUCGAUCGAUUCCCCUCCCCUCAGGUUUGGUUGUAUUCCCAGUGUACUACAUCUGUAAGAGGAGGAAGAAGCAGCGCACUCAGGGCUCAGGACGCUGGAUCUGAGGCCUGUCGUGCACCCCAUCCGGACCACACCCACACAGACGCACACAGCUCUCUAAUAGACGACGCCUACUUCUCCUCAGGGACGAACACGCCAGCCUGAGUCACGGGGACAUUAGCUGCAGCAAUUCGAGAAGAACGCAAACGGAUGGAGUGAUACCCGGAUGAUUGCACGUCUUCAUUUUCAACCACAGAGGGAAGGAGAUUUUUGUCACAGCCAUCGGAUAUCUUAUGCAGCUUUCAAUCCAAUGUCUUUCAUUGAAUCACACACCGGUAACACAGAUGCAGUUUUGUUGCACCCUCACUUGAAUAGAUACAUGACAUGACUACAAACUGAACACCAAAAUGCGACAGUGUCCAAAUGUGGAAAUUAUAAACUGCAAGAGGAGUAUCGAAGAGCACACAUAAACGUUUAGAAUAAACGAGUGAGAGGAAAUACUUUCUUCUUUAUAUAGAUUUUCAGCAAAGUUUUUUUUUCUUCUUUUAUAUUUGCUGCAGCUGCAAGGAAAAGGUGCAAGACCGAAACCAAAUCUGGAGCAAGCCAUGACGUUGAAAAAAAGCAAACGGUUUCCCCCAGAGGUGUAAUCUAGCAGGACAACGAAUGUGUUCAUCUUUCUAGACUCGGUUUUUGUCUCACCGAGUCAAGAAGACGCUUCUCAAACGAUAAGAUUCAACUUGAAGGAGGUUGAUACCUGUGUACUCUUAACUUUGAUAAAGUCUAUUAUGCUUCAGGUGUUUGCAAAGUUGCUACCUAAUCAAUGACCCUUUUGUCAAAGCCCUCCACCUCUCCUCAUAAAGGGGGAUCCUUCUUCCAAAUGCAAAUAUUGGAAAAGCCAAGUUAAGUUUUAACAAGCCUCUACUGCUCCCGGUCUCUGUGUCCCUGUUGUCCACACUUUCUGUAGCUGGUUGGAUAACCACUCAUGCACUGUCCUGCCCAGCAUGUUGUCUGUGCGGUGUCCACAUACUGUUUGCCAGUGUCUGUAUCAUCAGAAAAAAAAAAAAAAAGAAAAAAAAAAAGCUGAGCUGCUGUGCGGCAAUUGUGCCAAAACAAAUCGCUGAAUAUGGCAGGAUGGUCCUGUCCUGUCCCUUUGUUUGACUUUUUGUUAUUGUGUUUUUUUGUGGUUGCCUGCUGCACAGGGUCGAGUGUUAACGCUCGUAUUGUGGUGGAGUCUGCGUUAAGAAAAGGACUCUGACAUCCGUAGGAAUAAUGUGUGUUUCGAUUGGUGAAAUGCAGAUGCAAAACUGACUGAGCAUGCUAUCUUAAACGUGCAUGUGGGGGAAAAAAAGAGAAUUACAAUCUUUAUCUAGUCUGCUGAUGGGCUUCAUUCGUAAGAAAUAUGGUCAAAGAUUAUCAGACUGUAGUGCGCUCAAUGAGUUGGAUUUGGUUUGGAUUUUUAUUUCAAUGUGAUUCAGUUUUCAGGGUUAUUACAGAGAGUUUGGUUUUUGUCUUUGCGGUGAAAGAGAGAAUUUCUGACGAUGAAUUAUAGUGCGCACACACCUGCAUAACUUAUAGCUCAUUCAUAACUCAAAUGCUGCAAAAAGCACACACACAUUAAGUAAGGAAAGAAGAGAUUUUCAAGAGCUUUAAAGCUUGCUGUCCUCCUCUUACCACCACCAUCUCCCUAUAGUUGAUUAGUUUUCUUCCUUCUUUCUCCUACAGGGAGAACUUUGUUUUUUGCUUUGUCAUAAGCGGUUGGAGCACUUUGAGGUUGAGCACACGUAACCUGCGCCUAAGACAUGUACGGAUGUCAAAUAAUGGAAUGAUAAAAUUGUGGUUUAAGUGAGGAAAUAUCUACAAGAAACUCUGGAGGCUGCUUUCAAGUGUAUUUUAAAAUCUGAAGUGGUGGAUUUCUCAAAAGCGGGGUUGAUGUUAAUUCCCACAAGCUUAUCUUUCUGUCCCAACAAUCUGAAUCUUUUCUACAUCAAAGAAUCUGUAAUCGUCAAUUCAGGAAUCAAAAACUUAAGAAGACCAUAGACAAGAUGUUACAGAGAGCUCUCAAUCUGUUAGGACUCCAGGUUUGAAUCCCCCUUAAGGGAGUUUGUUCUCUCCUCGCUGUACUCCGAGUCCUUCAUCUACACAAACUGUGCCAGAGAAAUCACUGAGAGGGAGUCUCUACUUUGCAGAGAAACCACAGGGCAGUGCUUGCAAAUAUAAUUGCUAGCAGAGAGUUAUAAAAUUUGAGAAAUCCAAAAACCUCAGUGAUGCAAACACUGCGUUUCGCCCUGACAUGGAAGUGUUGUGAAUGCUGCAUGAGGAUCAGAUAUCAGGUCUGGAGAGAUUAACUUGAAGAUAUGCUGACACUGGGUAUUUCAAUGUGUUAAUAAGUUCACCAAAUGACACAUUAGGACUACUAACAAAUGUUCACUUGUAUUGUUUCACUUUGAUCUGCUGCUUAGCUAGUACUACACUGACAUGUUGAACUGUUGAUGUUGAUAUGAGUGACUGAUGGAUGUUAUUAGUUUCACUCUCUUGAGCACAUAAAACUACAGGUUUUGUUUGAUUUUAUAGCGUGGCCUUGACGCUUAGAGGUCCGUCUAAAAAAUCAACACUAGAAGGUUAGUAAAACAAUAAUUUGUCAACUGAUUAAUCAUCAUUUGUCAAGGCAACCUACCGCAGACUGUAUAAAAGAAUUGAAGGUUGCUUGUGUUGUCGCCUAUAGAUCAUCUUCUUGAAGCCUCAAUUUUGGUACGAGUCUUUGUAGUGUUUGUCAUAAGGUAGACAUAUCCUUUAAAAAAAAAACAAUGCUUUAUUUUUGUUUUUCUUCAUUGAAAGAAAAAAAGACUAUCAUGCUGUAUUAACUGACAUCAAAAAAUGAAAAAUCAGGGUAACUUUUUUUUUUAUGUUGUGUAAUGCCAAGGCAGUUUCCCCCUGCUGGCCAAAAGAAUUCAGUUCUCAAUCAAAAGACUGUUCCUGACUCAACAUAUGAUAAGACGAUGAAGGAAACGUGUUUACGGUCACACUUCAUGGGGUCAUCCUGCUGUCGUACACUUACUACACACAUUGAAUUUUCGAACAGCUUCAGGAUUUCGUUCACUUUUUUUAAAGAGUGUGUUCAUUUGGAACUCUCCUCUGUGAUUCAAUGUUCAGACGCCAUUUAUAAAUGCCACAGUUUUGUUAUACAGUAUUUGUGUGUAUCUCUGACAUUGAUCUGUACACUUAAAUGCUGUUUUGCUGCUUGAUAGUCAUUGUGGCCAAUGAUUAUUCCUUCGCAGGGAGUGUUGGCUGGCUAAUACCCCUGAUCAUUUUCUUUGUGUUUCAACCCCAACAUUGUAAUAUUAGCAUAAGUGCCUUCUCAGACAUGAUAAAUCUGUCAUGGCUGUGAGUUGCCAAUGGGGCUCUUAAGUGACCCCAAAAAUGCAAAUGAGUAAAAUCUAUCACAGAGGUAAUGUGAAAAGAACUAAAGCAAAGUGUUAUAUCUACGCCUAGGGCAUCUGACAUCUAACAGACACGGCAACGUCAUAGUUUUUAUUGACAACGUGAGGAUUUUUCGUGCUAAAUUUAAACCAAACCUCUGAAGUUUCGGUUCAAAUCAGUUCAAUAAUACUGGUGGCACUUUUGACCCAAAUACUGCUGCAGGCUACUCUUGCACAAGUUAAGAUGUUUCUUUAUUUCUCUACACACCAGUGUCAAAGUAAAACAGGGAAGCUGUUGUACAAUGAGCCCUGUUUCAAACACUGAAUUACAGUCAAAAGCGUCACGAAAUGUCAUUCUUUUUCAAGAAUUUAAUGUAAUUAGGAUUACUUCACAGAUGGUUCAUUUCAACUCAGGAGGCAUGUGAUAUUUUUUUGCAGUUAAUUGUAUUUUAUCACAAAUGUCAUGAGCCCACUGAUAGAAGAACUAAAAAAAAACUUCUUUUUGCCUCAACACUUCUGUAUCAUGAUAUUUUUAAUUGAAAGAAAUGUGUUACUCUUUAUAACUGUGCUGUUUGAACUUCAAACAGAUUCUUCCCCCUGCCAUGUUCAACGUGUCUGCUGAAGUUAUUAUUCCUCUCUCUGCUUGGCACAAACUACUUAUCUGAGCAUAUGAUGAAGAAUAAAGUACACUGGGUCAAAUGCUAAAUUGUCAUGGUGCUAG